GCCUGAAGAGCAUCAUAUAGCUACCAUUGCCACCUUCACUUCAACCAGAUACAGCACAAUCUGAUCAUACUAAAAUGGCACUCUCCUCAUUAACCUUCACAACCCCAAGAGCUCAAGCUUCCCAAGUUUUCACCCCCAAAUUAUCUUCCACUCUUAAACCCACUCCUUCUUCUUCUUCAGUUUCUGCUACCAAAAAGGCAAUAUCUAACAUGGGCAUUGGGCUUCUUGCUGCUUCGGUUCUGGCUCUGUCGCCCUUGGAUGCCAACGCUACCAGAGUUGAAUACUAUGCCACUGUUGGAGAACCCCUUUGCGAGUUCAACUAUGCGCCUUCCGGGCUUGGCUACUGCGAUAUCGCCGUCGGAUCCGGUGAGGAAGUUCCUUAUGGUGAGCUUAUCAAUGUUCACUACACUGCAAGGUUUGCUGAUGGGAUAGUGUUUGACAGCAGCUACAAGCGUGCUAGACCUCUCACCAUGCGUAUUGGUGUUGGCAAGGUAAUAAGAGGAUUGGAUCAGGGAAUAUUAGGGGGUGAAGGAGUACCUCCUAUGCUAGUAGGUGGCAAACGUAAGCUUCAGAUUCCUCCACAUUUAGCCUAUGGACCAGAACCAGCAGGCUGCUUUUCAGGUGACUGCAAUAUACCUGGAAAUGCAACUCUUGUGUAUGAUAUAAAUUUCGUUGGAGUCUACUCGGGAAAUAGGAAGUGAAGGAAAUGAUAUCCAUUUUCCUACAAAAUUCUUGUAGAUAGACAACACACAUAGAAUCAGAACAGUUAUCUUAAAAGAAGUCUCAGAUUGGAAAUUACCAUUACAUGCUCCCUGCUUCAUCUUAUGUUCAUAUGCUUCUUUCCCCCCUGGUUACCAGAACUUAAGUUGAAGCUAAACCACGCGCCAAAAGAAGUGCAUUUCUCUCUGGAUUUUCCAAGGAUGUAGAACUCAAGCUGAAUCUUAAGGCAGAAUACUUGGUUUUCUCCAAUUACCCCCCAGCAGGACUGUGAUUCUUUUUAGGUGAAAAUCCAGCUAGGCAUGGUUGAAAUUGCUUAAUUCCAAACAUAAUUGACCAAACUAUGUAUUUGGUUGUUUUACAAGCUUAUGACUGUAUUUCCAUGCAAUGCAUGGAUACUAUUAUACUUUGUAAAAGUACGUCUUGUUCCUGAGUAGUUCAGUAACUUCCUUCAAAUGGAAUCUAAUGUGCGCAUUUUGUUUGAACAUAUUCUUUCUUUGAUAUGAUUGAAUUGUCAUUAGUA